GAUAAAUGCAUAAAAACUUUUUUUGGUAUUGAAUAACAAAUUUCAAAUUUUAAAUUAAAAUGGAUCUCAUCAAAUACGUUUCUUUUCUCGGGAUUUUAGCAAUUGUUGGAUGCACUGCAACAAAGAUUCCAUGCAAUUCCACGCAAGUUGAAAAACACGAUGACCAAGAUUUGAAUGCUUUUUCUACAAAGUGCUUAUGCGAUUUCGAGGAAUGUAAUGAAAACUUUGAUUGGUUUGAUGUUAUUGGAAAAUCUUGCGUCAAGGCGGGUUUUGAAUGUUGUUCAAAAAGAAGACAAACCUGCAGGAUGCAUGCAUCAUCAAUCGAACAGUACGACAACUGUUCUAAGGAAUAUAUCGUUUGCAGUAUAAAAAUUAAUUCAAAUAAAAAUAAUUAAAUAAUGUAUCAAAAAAUUAAAGAUAAAGCUAAACGCGAUAAAAAAAAAAAAAAAAAUGAAACUUUAAAAA